UCCCCUUUUUUGCUCCAAUUUAUGAAUUUUUAUAUAAAAAAAUAAAACAGUUUAUUAUUUUGACAGUUUGAUUACUGUUGAAUUGUGUUGAAUAAAAUAUAUAUUUUAUUAUUUAUUAUAAAUUUAAAUUGUUUAUAAAUUUUUUAAAAGUUAGAGUUAUUUGAAUGAUGAAUUUUGUGUUUAUUGUUUGUUUUUAUUUUUGAUAAAAGUAAAUGACAAUUGAAUAAUUUAGACAGUUUAAUUGUCAACAAUCAAGAUGAUGCAACAAUACAUGAAAGAGCUUGAGCAGGAACCAUUUGAUCCUGAAGAAUUUGUUGAACGUUUAGCCUGGCGAACAGUUAAUGAUUCAGUUGUUGAUGGUGUUAAAGGUUCAUUUGAUCCAGUUUUAGUACAUGAAACAUUUCUUCAUGCUAUAAAAGAUCUUCAUAUACUACAAGAACGUCAACAAAAAAAAUGUGAAAAACUUGAAAGUGCACUUAAAGAAGAAGAAUCAAGACAUGCAUUUGAAAUAAUUGAAUUACAAGAAAAUAAUAAAAAAGCUAUGGAUUUAUUUCAUCAACUUGAUGAACGUAUUAAUUUUGUUGCAACAAAAGUAUUACAUCUUGGUGAUCAAUUAGAAAGUGUCAAUACACCAAGAGCAAGAGCUGUUGAAGCACAAAAAUUAAUGAGACAUUUUUCAGAAUUUCUUAUUCCUGGACCAUUGACUGAUCCAAUUUUUACUGAUAAAUCAAAUUUGGAUAUUGCAGCUGAUGUUAUACAAAAACUUCAUUUAAUAUCACAAGAAUUACCAUCAGAAAAAUUUGAUAAAGCUAAAGAAAAAAUAGCAUCAAAAUAUGAUGAAAUUGAACGUAAUUUAAUUGAAGAAUUUGUAAGAGCACAUAAUAGUGAUGAUGCUGAACGUAUGAAAGAACUUGCAUCAGUUUUAUUACAUUUUAAAGGUUAUUCACAAUGUAUUGAUGCAUUUAUUGAACAAAGUCAAAUGGCAACAUUUGGUGGUAAAGAUGUAUUUCUUGAUGUUAUACCAAUGUGUAUGAAAAAUUAUAAAUUAAUGAAAAUUGUAUUUACAAAUCCUGAACAAGUUAUGGCAAAAUUUGUAUUAAAUAUUUAUCAUUUAAGAUUACAAAAAUAUAGUGUUGCUAAAUUAAGUGAUAAAAAUGAUUCAGAUAAAUAUUUAACAAAUUUAUAUGAAUUAUAUUCAAAAACAGAAAAAUUAUCAAGUGAUUUAAAAAUAUUUGAAAUGGGUACUGAUGAUGCAUAUUUAACAAAAUUAACACGUAAUAUAUUUCAAAAACAUCUUGAUUCAUAUAUAAGCAUUGAAUUAAAAGCAUUACGUGAAAAAUCAGCAUCAUUAUUAAUGGAAUAUUAUGAUUCUAAAAAUCAUCAAAAAAAACAAAUACAAACUGGUGGUUUUCAAGAAUUAAGACGUGAUUUACAAGCUGUUAUUGGAACAAGAACAAAUAUUAAUAUUGCACAAAUUGAAGAUUAUGGAGGUGAAACAUUUUUAUCAGAAGAACUUGCUAUUGGAUUAUUACAAAGAAGUAAACUUGCAUUUACAAGAUGUCAAUUAUUAUCACAAUUAUCAGAUUUAUCAUCAAAUGCAUUACAAAUAUAUGAUAUAUUAUUACAAUAUUUAAUGAAUGAACAUGUUGAUUAUGCACUUGAAUUAGGUUUACAAAGUGUACCAAUACCAGAAAGUCGUACACCACCUGAAAUAUAUUUUUUUAAUGUUGUUAGACAAUGUAAUGUUAUUGUUAAAUUACUUGAAGAACAAUUUAAUGAAAGUCUAGUACCACUUGUCAUAUCAACUCCAAAACAUGCUGAUUGUAUAGCACGUCAUAAACAAGUAUUAUUACAAACUGAAAUAAAACUUGAUACUGGUCUUGAUCGUAGUAUAAAUGCAAUUGUUGGUUGGGUUAAAAUGUAUCUUCAAUGUGAACAAAAAAAAAGUGAUUUUAAACCAGAUACAGAUGUUGAUACAUUAAGUACACCAGCAUGUCUUGUUGUUGUACAAUAUGUUAAAACAAUGAUACGUCAUAUACAUGAUAGUCUUGAUGGUAAUAAUGCUGAAAGUAUAUUGACUGAAUUUGGUAUACGUUUUCAUCGUGUUAUUUAUGAACAUUUACAACAAUAUCAAUUUAAUUCUGCUGGUGCAAUGUGUGCUAUUUGUGAUAUGAAUGAAUAUAGAAAAUGUGUUAAAGAAAUUAAUAUUGAUAUUGUCACAUCAUUGUUUGAUACACUUCAUGCACUUUGUAAUUUAUUACUUGUUAAACCAGCUAAUUUAAAACAAGUUUGUACUGGUGAUCAAUUGGCAAUUUUGGAUAGUUCAACACUUACAAGUUUCAUCCAACUUCGAACAGAUUAUAAAACUCAAAAAUUGGCAAAUUUAUUAAAAGGCCUUACAACGUAAUAAUUUUUUAAACACAAAAAAAUAAUAAUAAAUCUGUAAAUAUAAUAUUUAUAAAAUAAAAAAGGAUUAUAUGCAUUGGUAAUAAGUUUUUUUUCUGUUUAAAUAAAUAAAAAAUAAUUUGUUG